CGGUAAACCUUCAAAUGGCCCAGAGAAGAAGAAGGACGCGGAAGCAGCGGCGACGUGUUUUGGUUUUGUUGUGACUUAGUUGCGUGUGUUGUUGUGAAUCAGAGUCUGAGGUGGAACCAGCGCCUCGCCCCGCUGUGUCAUGACUGAAAGGCGGGCUCUGAGCGGCGGUUUGUCCGCGGCGUUGCAGCGGAUCCUCCGCGUUGUGGAGCGGAUCUUGAUGCGGCGCGUUGCGGAAGCAUCGCCUGAAGUCGUGCAGAAGCAACUGGCAGUCGCUGCUGAAGAAAUAUUUCAGAUUCUGGGGGAAUAUGAAAAUGAUCUCUCCAAAUGUCAGUGCCAGUUACUUGACGUCAUGUUAAAACCUGAGACAAAUGUGCACACAACAGACUGUGAUAAAGACUUAUUCCCCAGACAAGUACACAACGUGUCUCUGCAACCACACUUUAAAGAUGCAUCUACAGAGACAGAUCCUGGAGGACAACAGGCUGCGGUGCCAUCAAGUGAGGCCUGGAGCGACUGCGCUCAGGUUUUAACACUAAAGUCAAACAAAGAAAGAACAUGUCGGAGACUGAGACAAAGACAUGAACCUGACUGUUGCAAGAUGUUUGGACGAUCUUUACCCAAGGAAGCUGCUAAGAAGAACACUGAAGCAAGUCCCAGCACUAGACCGAGAUGCUGCAGAGUCUGUGGAAAGUGUUUCCAGUACAAACGCUCUUUUUUCAAACAUGUACUUCGACACGAGCACAGCACGGAGCCAUGUGGUGUCUGUGGCAAACGUUUGGACUCUAAGGAAAGCUUGAAGGAGCACUUACAAGCACACAGUGAAGAAAACAGCAGCAGGGAGCAAACGGAUGUGAGUCUGAUAUUGUCGGAGUGGAAGAACAGCGAAGGAGCUGAGGGAGAUACGGAUGAGACCAACAGAACACCUUGUUCACAGACAGCACAGUCAAAAUCAACAACUGAAGUAUUAAACACAAAUAAAAUCAAGCACAGUCAGGGUUUAUCACAUUUAAAGUACUGCUGUAAAGUGUGCGACAAGUCUUUCUGCUACAGAGCAUCAUUUUUCAAGCACGUGCAGGAGGAUGAGAGGGACACAGACAUGUGUGGGGUGUGCGGGAAACAUCAAAGGACUCCUGAGAGCUUGAGGCUUCACUUGCAAACUCACGUCAGAGCAAAUUUGUGUGAGGUCUGUGGCAAACAUUUUGAUGGCCUCAAACAGCUGGAGAUGCACACGAGGACCCACACGGGAGAGAAACCGUAUGUGUGCAGCACCUGCGGCAAGGCUUUCGCCCAGAACGGAAACCUGAUGGGUCACAUGAGGGCUCACAGGGGGGAGAAACCGUACGCCUGCAGUGUGUGCGGCCAGAGCUUCGGCUUUAAGGAGUACAUGACGGCUCACAUGCGCAUCCACACGGGGGAGAAGCCGUUUCUGUGCAGCGUCUGCGGGAAAGGGUUUCGACAGAGGGGAACCCUGAAGACGCACGCGAUGAUUCACACGGGAGAGUCGACGCAUCAGUGCUCCGUCUGCGACAAGAGGUUCUACAAGCGAGGAGCGCUGAAAAUCCACAUGCGGUCGCACACGGGCGAGAAACCGUACCUGUGCAACGUCUGUGGGAAACGCUUCACCGCGGGCAGCUCACUGAGCAAACACAUGGGGGUUCACGAUGGCAAGUGAACGCACCGCCGUAGCGCUCAGCCUUCUGUUGCUUUUCCCUUUUUACAUUAAAGUCCUUUUAUUAGCUACACAUCUUCAGUCUAUUUUUAACCAAAACUGCCAUUUAUUCCACUUUUGUGAGGUUAUUAUGUCUCAGUUUUACAGCUGUAAAAAUAAAAAGGUUUUUACAGGUAAAAAGCUCAUGCCUUAAUUAUGUCACAGUGAUGCCACUUCAUAGGUUUCUUAUCCAGUACUUCGAUAGACUAAUUGUACAAUAAGAUAACCGACUUUAGAGUAGAGAGAGAGACUCUACUCUAUGAAAGAUGUGAAGAAGUCAUUGCAUGUAUUUACAACCGGCUGCUUGAUAAGAUAACUCCCUUCUAAUUAAAUGAAAACAGGUCAAAUUUGA